CGGCGAGGCGAGGCUGUAGGUUCGAGCCCUAUCUACUACGUAAGGAGUUCCCCUGAGUAAGAUCGAUUUGAAUCCGAUUCAAUCAUCAUUUUGGGACAUUCUCUUCUUUAUGUUUCAUUCACCCUUUUUGCUUGGGGCUGGUUGCGGAGUUUUGGUGUGGGAACAUCCUUUUGCCAAAUGGAACCCCGCAUGUUUAUUUUGACCAAUAAUAAUAAGCUCGGACCAUACAUAGGUCUAGUUUCGUUAGCUCUACCGAAGCUUCCAAAAAAUAAUAUCAUCCCACCAUCCUCUUCCCCUCAGUAUCCAAAAUGUCAACCAGCACACGCUUCACAUGUUUACGAUGUCAAUUCCAAUCCCUCACGCGCUCACCUCCUCGUCGUCUCUAUCAUGUCUCUCCACGAUUACGUUCCGAAAUACCUAAACCCUCAAUAGCGCCCAAACAAUCAAUCGAUAUCAAACACAUACGAACCCAUCCCGAAUUAUAUGAAAAGAGCUGUAUAGAAAGGAAUUACAAGCUUCAAUCUACAUAUCCAACCAAAAUAAUAAGUUUAUUCGAAAAAUGGCACGAACAUCAACGCGAUGGAAGGGCGUUACGAGAAAGGAAUAAUAAAUUAAAGCUUCAAUUGGCAAAUCCGAAAUCAUUACGAAAUGAUGAUUCAGAAGAAGCGCAAAGUUUACAAGCACUCUCUAAAGAAGAGAUAAUCGCCGAAGCACGAAGUCUGAAGGACAAAAUCUCUCAAAUCGAGUCUUUGGAGACUGCCCUCAUGACAGAAAUCAAUACCCUCGCAUCCGCUAUCCCAAAUCUUACAUCUGAUUCGACCCCGCGCGGUUCAGAACCAAAAGUUAUAAGAACCAUUAACGAGCACCCGGAACCUAUUCCAUCCUCCUCUGAUCGAGUAUGGCGUUCUCAUGUCCAUAUAGGCAGCGAAUUGAACCUUCUCGACUUCUCCUCCGCAGCCACUACCUCCGGCUGGGGCUGGUAUUAUUUACUUAAUGGCGCGGCGCUCCUCGAACAAGCACUAAUCCAAUACUCUCUCUCACUCGCCCUCUCCAAAAAAUGGUCUAUAGUCUCUCCUCCCACAAUGAUUUACUCGCACAUCGCAUCUGCUUGUGGAUUCCAACCACGCGACCAAUCUGGCGAACAACAAAUCUAUUCCAUUGCGCAGACGCCUUCCGACGCCGAAAGCGGAAAACCAACCUACUCUUUAGCAGGAACCGCGGAAAUUCCUCUUGCGGGCAUGAAAGCCGAUAGUACCAUCCACGAAUCGCAACUCCCAUUAAAAACAAUCGCAACAUCACGUUGUUACCGCGCCGAAGCAGGAGCCCGCGGCAUUGACACAAAAGGCCUCUACCGCGUGCACGAAUUCACAAAAGUAGAAAUGUUCGCCUGGACUCUCCCCACCCUGGAAUCCACAACUGAAGUCUUCAACGAAAUGCUCUCACUCCAAAUCGGAAUUCUCACCUCCCUCAACCUGCACUGUCGAAUCCUCGAAAUGCCAUCUACGGAUCUGGGUGCCUCAGCCAUGAGAAAAAUAGACAUCGAAGCCUUCUUCCCCUCCCGUAGAGAGAGAGAUGACGGAUGGGGCGAAGUUACUAGUUUGAGUAUUUGUGGGGAUUAUCAGAGUAGGAGAUUAGCGACGAAAGUUGAUAUUGCUGCGAAUGGAGGCAGGGUUGCCUUUCCAUGGACCGUUAAUGGGACAGCUGUUGCGGUGCCGAGGGUUGUGGCUGCGAUUUUGGAGAAUGGUUGGGAUGAGGAGAGGAAGGAGGUUAGGGUUCCUGAAUGUCUGUGGCCUUGGAUGGGUGGAAGGAAGGUUUUGAAGAAGGAGUAGAGAUUGGGUGUUAGAGAAUAGCGAGUGGUGGGGUGGUAUUUAGGAUUUGGGAUUUGAUCGGAUGAUUGGCAAAGAUAUUGCAUGGGACAAAUUCACAUAUCUGCUUAGGUACUCACAUGCAAUGAAUGGUUGAUACCAGACGAGAUGACACGAGAAGAGCUAAGAAGAGAAAAAUGUACUACUAAUACUACUACUACUACCUAGUGUAUACCUCCUACCUCCCAAGGGAAUCUCUUAAAAAAUAAUGGAAAAAGAACCACAAACAACAAGAAUAUAAAUAAGAUAUACUGAUCGCUAAAACGCUAUUCAUUAAAAGA